AUGCUCGACAUACUAUCCGACGGGGCAUGCCUCAUCCAGCAGCCCCUUCGACAAGCGCCCACGGCUUCGCAAUUCAACGGAACUGCCGGACAUAAUGCGAAUACGACGGACCAUAGCCUGCAGGACAUGAUCUUCAUCUCGCCGGAAAUCUUUGAGACAUUGUGUGUUCCCAUCCUUGCGCUUUCGGCAGGUGCGAUCUUGCAGCAGAAUCCACGAUCGCAGUCCGCAGGUUUGUUGGUAUCCUUCUUCGGCGCCCAGACUGCCAUGAACCUCUUCAUGAAGCAAGUGUUUUCCAACUACAAGUUGCCCGGCGGCAUCCAAGGCGUGCCGGCACCUUUCGCGAUCACGGCCAUACAGCAAAUCACAAGCUUCCUCGUCCUUUCCCUCGGCCUGCAAGCCGCUCGGUGCUUUGGUCACCAGGCGAACUGUCAGAUGCUGCGGACUCGUAAGGAGGUCGGCUGUGUGCUUUUGUUAGCCGUGGCGUUCGUGUGCAACAUUGGCCUCAACAACCUCAGCUUGUCUAUCCUGGACAUUUCCGUCCACCUCAUCAUUCGAACUGCGGGUGCGUUGGUAAAUCUCGCCAUCGAGUUCGUGGCACAGCCCGUCCUGACGAACAUCACCGGUGAGGAGGCGAAGUGGCCUCAAGUAAACGGCCGGGACUUGCUUUUGACUCUGCUGGGUACCUUCUUCGCAGGCCUUGUGGUGUGCAGCAAGCUCACCAGCUUUGCUUCGUCGGGCUCGACUUGGACUUACUACGUUGGCAUUGGGGUGUGUUGCCUGUCGAUGAUCGCAUCGGGCAUCGAGCUCAUCGUUGUGAGGACCCUUAGCACCCAGUUGAAGAUGAAUGCUUUGGAGGCCAUCAUGAACAUGUCCUUGCCGGCAUCCCUGCUACUUCUGCUGCCGGCUUUCUUCUUCCGGCACUCGGUCUCCUGGCCAGGAUCGUCUCCUCUGACCGAUUGGCAGGUCCUACAGCAGGUCUGGCAGACUAGCAAGUUGGGCAUCGGUCUUGGUGUGCUUUCAGGCAUCUUCGCGACACUCUACAACGUCAUGUUGUACACCUUGAGCUCCAAGUUUCAGUCCCAUGUGAUUUCCAUGGCCGGCAACUUCAACAAGAUCGCGCUGAUGUUCCUGUCCAUCUACCUCGGCUUGGAAUACCUGCCGAAGCGACCCUGGGCCGAGGUGAUGAUUGCGGGCAUUGUGGGCAAUGGGCUUGCCUUCAUGGUCAUGGGACUCUUAAAGGCGACCGAGGUUCCGGUGCCAAAGGAGGUUCCGGUGCCAAAGGGGGAGGCUGUGCCCGAGGUCAGCAAGGCCGGGCAGGCGCUGGUGCAGAGGAAUGACAGCACCGACAGCACGGACAACAGCAGAGUGGACAAUGGCAAAGGAACCACCCAGGUGGAGCUGCACCGCCGCUUCUUUGUGGAGAAUCAAGGAAUGUCAGGAGUGAACGAACUCAUCGAGGCACUUCGGAGUUGA